AUGACUGUGAAGUCGUCCAUAGAAGAUCCAUUGGCAAUUCUUCCUCCAGAGAUUAUUCUUCGUAUCCUGGAAUUCUCUCCCGUAUCGGCCCUCGCCUCCCUCCUCGCAGUCUCCAAGGCUUGGCACCAAUUCAUCGACGUCACUCAUCAACAAGCUAUUUACGGCGCCGAAUCCAAGACAACACAACCGCCCGGCGGCACCUGUGAUCUAGCCUUCCUUUCCAACACCUGCAGUAUCACGAAUUUCUUCAAUGGCACAUCAUCAUGGAAGGAUCUAUGCAAGCGACAGACUUUACUUGCUCGCAACUGGGCGGCGCGGCAUCCAGUCAUUCAAGAAUCGGUGCUCCAGGUUGGCAACACCCCGGUCUGGCGCUUUCGGGCCGACUUUAAGCGGCGCUUCUUCAUCUCCACCUCCCAUGCAGGUGGAUUGAAUGUCACCGAUAUGGACUCGGGUCUAAUUCUUUGGCGACUUCCCUCCACCGAGGAUUGUGACGAGGACGCCGUCCGCCCGUACGCCCAUUUAGAGUAUCAGGAUGGAAUGGCGGUAUUCGAUCGAGAGGGGGAUGCCGUCGAGAUUUGGCAGGCUGAAAUGGAUGGAGCUGCUCGCGGGGAGUUUCGACGCGUUGCCAUCUUGAAUCACGACUGUCAGACAAGAGGGUUUCAAUUGUCUUACUGGACGCUUUGCGUGGUGUCGAAUGAAGGGCACGGCUUUGUCUAUGACAUGACCCAGCGACCUCCUGCAUUAACCACCCGCCUCGAUAUUGAGCGAGGCGCCGUUGGACAUCUGGACCAGUGCGAGGAUGCCGUGAUUUAUUCGAUCGGAGAGAAAGGCUACUAUGCUUAUGAUAAAAAGUCCGGCGCCUUUUUGGGUGUACUGCAGCCGUCUAACUGCACGGACAAAUAUCAUAUCCGCUCCCCUCCAUCUAGUGCAACUCCGCGAAAUGUGAUUGUCCCUAUCGAGAUCGCAAAGGGUCCGCUCUCGCCCCCGAGCGACCUGGAGCACGUCCGGAAUGGAGAGGACGAAUGGGGAGCUGGCAUGUUGGACGGCGAUCUGUUUGUCGGCUUUUCCCGAGCCGGUCGUGUUUUCAUAAGCUCUGAAUGGCGCAAAGCCUUGCGCGACGACUCCAGUUUUGCGAUACUCAGCUCUCUUUUAGAAUGUGAAUCAGAUGGCUCUAAUUUCGAUCUGGGUGGUUGGCUGUCCGUUCGUGAUCACCGCAUCUUGUUCGAAAUCCACGAUCGCGCUUAUGUCGUCACGUUGGAUAACAAGAACCGCAUUCAAGACGUCCACCAUCCCGAGCGCGGUUCGUUCUCGAUAUUGACCAGCUCCGCCCCACAGCUGGCGGUUCCCGUCAGCUAUAUGGUAUUGUGCGAUGAUGCGAUUAUGACAACGUAUACAGUCCGUCUCUCCUUUUCCCCAUCAACUCUUGGUUGGCGCCAAUCGAUCUCCAACAUCCCCGGCAGUAAUCCAACGCUGCCACAAGAGAACCCCGCCCGAAUUUUCCCCACCAAAGCCAUUCGCACAGUGAGCCUGGCCCCUGAGAUCUCCAGUUCACAACCAGCCGAGGCGGGUGAACUCGAGAGUUCGAUCUUGAAAGCCCGAUCAGGCCCAGGCCAACCUACGGAUCAGAUGCGGCAAUCACAGGCGGCAUUGUUGCAGCUAGUCAGUCUAUUGGGAGACGAACCCGGAGAGUGGGAAGAUCAGGAGGCUGCUGAAGACGAGGAGGACGAGAAUGUGCCAAAAGCAUAUGUGGCAACAACCUCCUCCUUUGGCAAUACCGGCCAGGAUGCCGGACUUGACAAGGUCUCGCCGACUGGUCUAUCCGAGGCCUUUGGUGGUUCUACCAUCUUAACGACUAACCCCGACACAGCUCUUUUCCAUACUAACCACGAUCCAGGCGUACCAUACAAGAAAAUUCAACCACCGAAAAUCUCAAGUUCAAGUUCAAGGAUUGACACAUUGCCAUUCCGAAGGAUCGUAUAG